CGCCAAUCAUUUAUCAGCCCCGCGGUGUCACAUCCAAUCACAGCGCGUUCUGAGGAAAUGGGCGGGACACUCGCGUCUUCUUCGCUGGUGCGACUGCGGGCAACUUCCGCCUGCAUCGUCCUCUGGAAACCACAACAAUGGGCAGUGUUUUGGCUGCCAGCUCCCCCAACCCACCACCACCCUCGGCCCCCGGCGGGGCGGCUGCCCCCGGGCUGACGGUGCCGCCGGGCUUCGGGAUGCCCCCGGUUUCUUCAGUCUUGGCGCCGGCUGCCUCCGGGCAGCAGCAGGACGAGGCGGAAAGCUCUUUGCCGAAUCCGGGCGCCUUUGACGAGUGUCAUCGCAAAUGCAAAGAGGUUUUUCCUAUGCAGAUGGAAGGUGUCAGGCUAGUCGUCAACAAGGGCCUUAGCAACCACUUCCAGGUUAAUCACAACGUGCUGCUGAGCACCACUGGAGAUUCCACCUACAGGUUCGGCGCCACGUAUGUUGGACUGAAGCAGACUGGACCAGCGGAGUUUUUUCCCGUCAUGGUGGGAGACAUCGACAACAGCGGCAGCCUCAACGCCCAGAUCAUCCACCAGGUCACCAGCAGAAUACGAUCCAAAGUGGCCUUCCAGACGCAACAACAAAAGUUUGUGAACUGGCAAGGAGACGCCGAGUUCAGGGGAAAAGAUUUCACCGCGACGGUCACACUUGGAAAUCCAGACGUCCUCGUCGGCUCUGGUAUCGUGGUCACACACUACCUCCAGUCCAUAACGCCGGCCCUGGCUCUGGGAGGGGAGCUGGUUUACCACCGCAGGCCAGGAGAGGAGGGCACAGUGAUGUCUUUAGUUGGCAGAUACACGGGCAAUAACUACAUCGCCACGUUGACGCUCGGCGCAGCAGGAGCUCAUGCGUCGUACUACCACAAAGCCAACGAUCAGUUGCAGGUCGGCGUGGAGUUCGAGGCCAGUGCGCGCAUGCAGGACACCAGUGUGUCGUUUGGCUACCAGCUAGAUGUGCCUAAAGCUAAUUUACAGUUUAAAGGUUCAGUAGACAGUAACUGGGUCGUCGGUGCGACGUUAGAAAAGAAGCUCCUGCCGCUGCCGCUCUCCCUCGUCCUCUGCUCCUUCCUCAACCACCGCAAGAACAAGUUCCAGUGCGGCUUCGGCGUCACCAUCGGUUAGACCGACCAUCGGACCGACCGACCGACCGUCGGGCCGACCGGUCCCCGGGUCACGGUCCAGCUCUGGACGAACAGACUGUGUCACUCUGCCGGUGGCCCCAUCACCUCAGUCCGUCUGUUUUGUCGGUAGAUUCGACUGUUAUUUGUUUAUUUUUUCAUCAUGUGGUGAAUAGAUGCUAAUAAUUUAAAUCUCAAGAUAUGAAUCCCCUGAAUGAUCUUUAACGAACGGGAUCGGCCGGAUAUUAACCGGCCGCGGACUCUCGACACGAAAACAAUAGGCGACACAUUAGAAGACGACGCAGCGCUCUUUAUGUCCAUCCUUUAAUUCAGUGCCUGUCACGUUUAUGUUCUUUUGUUUGAAUUUUAUUCCUGUUGUUUUUUCUUUCUUCUUUUCCUCUUUACUUUUUUUUUUUUUUUUUUUUUUUACUGUAAAGUGUCUCGGUGUGCAGUGAAUGAAAUCAUUUGAUUGUUUAACAGUGAUUUAUUGGUUACAGACAAGUUUACCAGCGGUUAGAAAAAGGAGUGUACUGUACUAUAAUGUAUGUCAUGUUCUCAGUCCAUCACUUGAUUCAUUGCCUUUUUUUUUUAUGUU